AUGUCACAAGCCAACCCAUUUAACCUAAAAACACACCGCCAAGAGAACCACUUCUUCGACAGCUCUUCCUGCGAGCUCUCAUCGUGUCGAGCCACCCUCCGUCUUCGAUUCUCCGACACCUACUCUCUCUAUGUCGUCACUCUCAAGGCCAAAGCCGUUAUCGUCGAUGUUGUCAGCCGCAUCAAGGAGGAUGAGGAACUGUUGGACCCGUCGAUUAGAAGAAACUGCAUGGCCGAGCCGAAGAAGAUUCUUUCAAGCGCAACAGAGUCUAGGGUUUUGAGGAGGGUGAAGGAGGAGUUUGGGGUGCUAGGGUUUGUGGGGUUAGAAGGGUUUGGGAAUAUGCGAUUCGAUGCCGUGUAUGAAUGGAAAGGUUUGAAAUUGGAGGUGGAUGAGAGUGAUUUCGGGUUUGGGACUCUGUAUGAGAUUGAAUGCGAAAGUAGUGAUCUUGAGAAGGUCAAGAAAUUGAUCGAAGAGAUUGGAAUUUUCUUAGGAAAAAAUGUUGCUUUUUCAUGGACAGAACGUAGACAUGUUCACUUGGAGCCUAUAUGA